AAUUGAGAGUUAAUGAUACAGAAAAUAUUAUUGGAGAACAUGACAGAGAAGCUCCUUUUGUUUUUCCUUUUAUUUAUUUGCUUGGCAAAAGCUAGCACCUCAACCCCAUCCCCGCCCUCCAACAUUCACAACCAAACUCAAAGUCCAAAACAUUUUGUAUUGAUACAUGGAGCUUGUCAUGGAGCAUGGAGCUGGUAUAAGGUGGCAACUCUCCUCAAGGACUCAGGUCACAAUGUCACAGCUCUAGACUUGGGAGCAUCGGGGAUCAACCCGAUUCAGGUACAGCAGCUCCCUUCGUUAUCGGAAUUCGUCGAGCCCUUGACAAAGCUCAUGGUGUCUCUACCACCAAAUGAAAAGGUUAUCCUUGUGGGUCACAGCUUGGGGGGCGCAGUCAUAUCUAUUUUCAUGGAGUGGUUCCCUCAUAAAAUUGUUGCUGCAGUAUAUGUCACGGCUUUUAUGUAUGGUCCUACUCUCAAUUUCUCAACUACAUAUGCAGAGGUUACCAAAGGAUAUGAUGCUGUAGACUCUCAAUUCAGAUAUGAUAAUGGAACCAAAAACCCUGCAACCUCCUUUCUUGUUGGGCCUAAAGCCUUGGCGACAAGCCUGUACCAGCUCUCUCCACCACAGGAUUUAACUCUAGCAUUAUCGUUGGUGAGACCUUUUCCUUUAUAUAAUUACGAUGUAAUAAAACUCACGAAGGAGAAGUAUGGAUCAGUUCCUAGAGUAUUCAUCGUGGCCAACCAAGACCGUACGAUAAUGUUGGAUGUGCAAAAUUACAUGAUCAAGAACAAUCCCCCAAAUGAAGUGAAAGUGAUAAACGGUUCUGAUCACAUGGUCAUGUUCUCUAAACCAGUGGAGCUGUUCUGCCACCUCCAAAGUAUUGCUGAGAAGUAUUCAUAAAGAUAUGGAUGGACAUGAUUAAUUCAGGCAUACUAGCUAGCUAGCCUACGUUGCAUGCACCAUAGUACAAAAUGUAAAUGAAUAAAUGAGAUUGUUAUAAUUACGAAUAAUUAUGUGUCCAUGAACUUUAGUUCAAGAGGCAUGACGCACUACUAUAAACUUGGUCACUUAGUUUAGCUUGGCUUGUGGUCACUUAGAUGUAGGCUAAGUCUCACAAUAGGCUAGCAAUAAUGUGAUUCAAAUUCGUCUUAAUCGAGAAUCGAACCUAAUAUAUAUCACUUAUAAGUACAGCUUAGAACACCACUAGACAGUAGUAGUAAGUGGCUUCAAAGUUAUGUUUUUAAUUUUUAUUUAUGAGUGCAUUUUUGCUCAUCACCCUAUUUAUCACUGUUAGAUGUGUUUGAAUUUUGAUAUUUGUGCCUAUCCACUACACGAAUCUCGAAAUUCAAACUCAUUUAACGGUGAUAAAUAUGGUGAUGAGCAUACAUCAUAGUUUAUGGUGGUGAGCGAAAAUACUCCCUUUAUUUUUUGGGUUGCCUAGCAACUAUGCCCUACCAUUAACUCUCUAUCCCAUCUUUGUAAUCUAUAUCUCCAUUUAAAGGGCUGCUCUAUAGGCACUCAAAAUACAAUCAAUUAGUUAAUUUAAUAAAAUUAAUCUAAGCAUAGAGUGCUUCAUCCUUCUACAAUUAAGUAUUUGACUUUUGGUCAUGAUGAGUUAAUCAACGAUUAAUGACAAUGAGCGAGUUUCGUUGUCCUAGUUGAGUGAAUCCCCAAUUCUUACCCUCCAUCUCUUUGAGACCUUGGCUUUGUCUUGCAUCAAGUGGCAUCAAAGAAGGUUUUCAGAUUUAUAUUCAAAAUCCUGGUGGGUGUUACGGUCUGAUAGUAUUCAUCUUCAUUUGUAAAUAAGAGGUUUUAGGUUCGAAUUUCGUAGACAGCAAAUUCGAUAUCAAUUUAGAUUACCCAUUAUGUGGCUUAGCCGAACUCACCCUCUACUUUGGUCGUCAAAGCUGAUUUGGUGUUAUCUUUUUUGCCGAGACAAUCAUAUAUCGUCGGAAACAUGUGGAAAUGUAGUUUUCAAUGCAAUAAACAGUGCAUUAAACAAAUUUUUGUGUGAAUAGAUAUAGCAAAACACUGCUGCGAAAACAAAAUCAUGUAUAGUUGCCGGAUAAAUCGGAGUUCAUUAUUUUGUGCUCGUAUUUUCAAGCCUUAUAUUGUUGGAAGACACUUUCAGUCAAGUUUUCAAUUCUUCUUCGUGCUGUUGCGAAAACAGAAUUAGUAUUAUCAUACCUAUUUUUGGUUUCACACUUUUUUCAUUCCAUGCGUUACGAUUGUAUGUUUGUAAAAACUCCUAGGCAUUGCUGUAAUUUCAGCUUGUUAAAUAAUUAUAAUAAGAUUCUGGAA